CUGGAUUGGCUGCUCCUGGUCUGAGGACGGGGCUUGAGUGAGCAGGAUGAGAGAGUACUAAAGCGCCACUGCAUCCUGGACCCAGCAGAAGGAAGCUUUUCUUUCUCUGACAUCUGCUGCUUUUGCUGCUGACUCUUGUCCACACCAGCUGACCACCAUGCCGACCGACGCCCAGAGUGAUGCUCGCUCCUUCCUGACUGAGGAGAUGAUUGCAGAAUUCAAAGCCGCCUUCGACAUGUUCGACACCGAUGGUGGCGGUGACAUCAGCACCAAGGAGUUGGGCACCGUGAUGAGGAUGCUGGGUCAGAACCCCUCAAGGGAGGAGCUGGAUGCUAUCAUUGAAGAGGUGGAUGAGGAUGGCAGCGGUACCAUUGACUUUGAGGAGUUCCUGGUCAUGAUGGUGCAGCAGUUAAAGGAGGACCAGGCUGGGAAGAGCGAAGAGGAGCUCUCCGAAUGCUUCCGUAUCUUUGACAAGAACGGUGAUGGCUUCAUCGACAGGGAAGAGUUUGGAGACAUUCUCCACAUGACCGGAGAACCAAUUCAAGAAGAAGACAUCGACGAAAUGUUUGGGGAAUCAGACACAAAUAAAGAUGGGAAGAUUGAUUUUGAUGAAUUCCUGAAGAUGAUGGAAAACGUUCAGUAGUGAGACCAGAUCUACAUUCCUUGGUGUCUCUGGCUUGAUUUGAAAAAGCACACGAAGCUGGUCAUUAUUGUGACACCCCUAACAAAAACCUCAUUUUGGGUGUCGGGUAUCUUGCAGCGACAUGUUUGACCCACUCCCUGGUGUCACUGUGUGGCUUGGUGUGGAAGCUAUAAAUACCCGUCCAAACCUUUUAAGACGAAGGCAGUCUUGGACCAGCCACUCAGCUGUUCCCUGGCAGCUGCUGGUCCUCUAGAAAUGCUACACCGCCUCUUAACUUAACCCCUAAUCCCCCCCCCCUCCUCGCCCCCCUCAUCUUUAAACAGAAUCCCUCCUCCACCAUGUUCUGUGAUUUUUAAAUAAAUUCACUCUCUCUUACUAGACUGUGUGGUACAUGACUUUGCAUGACUGACACGUCUAAUGCUGUCGCCUCUGUACCUUGGUAACAAAGCUCAUCGCCUGGCAAUACAAGUCCAGUGACCCAGAUCAGAAGGAACAUAGGUCAUUUUGAUGGACAGCUAUAUGUUAUAUGCCAAAAUUUUAAGAUGUUUGACCAUUCAUUGGCAAUCCUUUACUUAUUUAACAUUUAUAUUUAAAUAGGCUACACUCAAAUAGAUGUGGCGUUCAUUUCAAUCUGGCAAACAGAUAAUUUGAAUCCGUUUUAAAAGUUGCUGUCUGUUUUCAAAAACACUCUUCAAACGCACAGCUGAGGAAAGCACUUGGCAUUAAAUCUUAAACAUGCUGCGCACAUUAAACCUCUCUCAGAUCAGUUGCUUUCAUACCUUGUACACACGUAGGGAGGUAGUAUUACUUGGAAGUAUUUGCCAAAAAGUUAGAUCAUUCUAUCCAAUCAGAGCAAUCCUCUCGAUGCCACGCCCCCAAAUAUGAAACUUGAAACUCUGGUUUCUAUGUUAACUAGUGACUAGUGACAUCCUAGCUGAAGAUGCUUCACGAAGCAAUGUCCUCGUUUUCAGAGCUCAGCAUUUAAAAUAAUGUGAGGUUUCAUUGAAAUGGUUGUUGCAUUCCCAAAGAUUUUAGGGUGCCAUCUAGUGGGCUCUGAAAAUAUGGACACUAGUGAUGGGCUUAUGAAGCUUCAUGAAACAGUGCUCUCCUCUUCAUAGCCUACUAGAUGGCGCCCUCUGCUUUAAAAUCUGUGGAUUUUUACAACCAUGAAACCUCACACCAGAGAGCGCCACCUACUGAGCUUUGAAAAGAAGGACGCUGUUUCAUGAAGCCUCAUAAAACCGUCACUAAUUUUCCAAAUGCACAGUGCAAUAUGACAGGCCAUAUUGUACAAAACAAAUUGGAUAAAAAAUAUACACAUUAGAUAUAAACAUCUGACCCCUUAAGUAAUAACUUUUAACUGUUGCAGUGUAUAAUGAGACAAAGAGUU